GAAAAAAAGAAGAAGAAGCUGGUUAGACUUUGAAAAGGGUAAUUUUGUCAAGAAAAAGACUUCCCCAGUCUCUGUUUGUUUGUUACCAUCUCCAGCAUCUAUAUCCAUGGUCUCCCCCCACACCUAAAAUUAAUUUCACAAAUUUCCACUCUCUAAAUUCUCUCGUCAAAACCUUCGCCGGCAAGCACUCUUCUUCCUCCUCCUCUGUGUUUCGGAUCCGGUCACAUUUUCCACAUACAUAACUGUCGCAACGGCGGUGCGAGAUUAGAUAUAUUUCGAAUGGGCGGAGUGCCAUCGACGCCGCGGCUAGGCGGCGGAGCGCGGCCGGAGGAGACGGCGGAGUACUUAAUUACGGCGUUUGUCUCUGAGAAAUCGUUUCCUCUCGUCUCCGAUUACUGGCAGAAGCUUCUCGAGCUCCCGCUGGAUCUCCGCUGGCCUUCUGAUCGCGUUCUCGAAGCUUGUCGUCUAUUCGCAAUGAACAAUUGUAGCACAAGACACCUUGCAAAGAUUUUGGUUCACCUUGCUUGGUGCUUGCAAGAGUGUGUUUCUGAUUCUUGUUUGGCAUCUCCGGCUUCCUCGAAAGCACUUAAUGCAUUAUAUAUAGUAUCUGUUUUCCUGAAGAAUCUGAUUGAGAAUGCUAAAAGUGACAACUUUGAAGAACUAUACCUAUUGCUGGAUGAAACUGAGCCCAUACCAAAUAAUUUCUCAAAAGGUGAGAAUGUUGAAAACCUCGUUAUGUAUAGCACGCUAAAUUUUAUCGCUAAAGUUGAUGUUAGCCCUGAAACAUACCUUUUGCAUCAUGAGCUGCUUAAUUUCAUGGUCAUUGCCAUGUCAACUCAACUUCUCUCUGGGCCAUCACCAGGACUGAAUGAUGCACACCCCUUCAUUGAUGCAGCUAUGGAUCAGGAAAGUUCUUUGGUUGAUUCAGUCGUGUGCAAGUUAUUGCUCAAUUACACCAUACAUCCCAGGGUUCCAUUAAACAGUUCCUUUUAUACCAUAUUAUCUGAACGAAACCAGCCUGUUCUGAGGAGAGUUGGCUUUGCAGCUGCUAACUUGAUGCUGUUGCCCUUCAAUUACUUAGUCAGCUCAACUGGUGAUGCUUCAAGAAGCCCAUUGGCAGAAAUCAGUCUCAAUGUGUUACUUAUUCUUAGUCAUUACCAUAAAUGUAUUUCAGUGGAGUAUGCGAAGGAUAAAAGUGAUAACGACAGUUCUGUGUCUCUCGCUAAGGAAGAUACAUAUUUUUCGGAAAACCCUUUCUGCAAAGCGGUAGGAAAUGUUCGGGACAUUGAAUAUAAUCGCAUUACUACAGAGGGUGAUGCAAAAAGUGAUCCCCUUGCGAGGCUACCUUUCGCUUCUUUAUUCGAUACCCUUGGCAUGUGCUUGACUAAUGAAACUUCUGUCCUGUUGCUUUAUUCUCUGGUUCACGAAAAUUCAUCUUUUCUGGAGUACGUUUUGGUGCGGACAGAUCUGGAUACACUGCUAAUGCCUAUGUUGGAAACUCUAUAUAAUGCUCCGAGAAGGACGUCUAAUCAUAUUUAUAUGGUGCUUAUUAUCUUCCUUAUACUAAGCCAAGAUUCGUCUUUCAAUGCCAGCAUUCACAAACUGAUGCUUACUAAUGUUCCAUGGUAUCAAGAACGGCUCCUUCAUCACACUUCUCUUGGUUCCCUCAUGAUUAUAAUCUUAAUUAGGACGGUUAAAUAUAACCUCUCUAAGUUAAGGGACGUCUAUCUUCAUACGAACUGUCUUGCAACUUUGGCAAAUAUGGCACCACAUGUCCACCGCCUUAGUGCCUACGCAUCACAGCAGUUGGUUAGCCUCUUCGACAUGCUUUCGCGCAAGUACAAUAAAUUAGCCGAGGUUAGAAAUGACAAGAAGAAUAUGCAAGAUGAUAAUCUGAAAGAAGAAAGCCUCUCAGAGGAUCCAUCAGCCGAAUUGCAUUUGUAUACAGACUUUCUGAGAUUAGUGUUGGAGAUACUAAAUGCUAUCUUAACUUAUGCAUUGCCGAGGAACCCAGAGGUCGUGUAUGCAAUUAUGCACCGGCAGGAGGUUUUUCUACCUUUCAAGAACCAUCCUCGUUUUAAUGAGCUGUUGGAGAACAUAUACACUGUUUUGGAUUUUUUCAACAGUCGUAUGGAUGCCCAUAAAACGGACGACGAAUGGUCGGUGGAGAAAGUGCUUCAAGUCAUAAUCAACAAUUGCCGAUCCUGGAGAGGUGAAGGCAUGAAGAUGUUUAUGCAAUUACGAUUUACCUACGAACAAGAAAGUCAUCCCGAGGAGUUCUUCAUGCCAUACGUGUGGCAGUUGAUAUUGUCUCGCAGUGGCUUCCCUUUCAAUCCAAGCAGCAUAAACUUAUUCCCAGUACCUGUACAACAAGAUAUAAAUGACGGGUUUGAAGAUGAGUCGCCGAAAGAAGAUACACUUCAAGUAUAGAUUCGUUCGCUGGAGUUAUAUAGUUCGUUCCACCUGAAGAACUCAGGUUUUUAUAUAAUGUACAUACGUAUACACACAAAAUAGUAUAAAUUUUCCUUAUACGGUAUAUGUUUAUUGCUUUAUAUGACGCUCGUGUAUCGACACACCGUGUUCAUCAACAUAACCAAUGUAACAAAAAGGAACAACAUUUUUA